AUGGUGCCCUCUCGCGAGCCUCGGUCGCCACGGCCACCGCAACAGCAACCGCACCCGUCGCCCGCUCCGCCCGCCGCGUCGGCCGCCUCCCCGCCAAACGGUACAGCACAGCCGCAACAUCAGCCGCAGCAGCAACCCGCACGCCCUUACAUGCCGGGCCCGCCCAUGACGUCGGCCGAGAAGUCGCUCUUCCCCAACUCGAUGCCCGUCCGCCAGCUCCCCGGCAUCCACUCGUUCUCCCCUUCUCCCGGUCCGCCCUCGACUGCGGCGCCAGGUCAGGCCGGCUCGCCGCCUCCGCCGUCCAGCGCGAGUGCCGGAGCCGGGUCGCCGCCACUCCAAGGGCGCAGGGUCAGCGUCGGCGCCGACCAGAAGCGCUUCGGCGGUGCAGCAGGUUCUUCGUUCGGCGGUCUUCCGUCCCUGCCCGGCGCCGGCGCCCGCUCGCCGCCAGCCGCGACCUCCCCCGCCGCACCGGCCAGCAGACCCACCCCGACCCCGCCUAUCCUUCCGCCGCCUGCCCAGAGCGCCAGCACUGCGACGAGUUUCCGCUCGCCUUUUGCAAGCCAAGCGGCGAGCUCUCCCGCGCCGUCGCCCCAACCCGCCGCCGCUCAGCAGCAGCAGCAGAAGCCGUCGGCGCCUGCCGCCCAGUCGAGCACGUCGGGCCUCCUGUCGCGGUCCAACCCGAUGUCGGUCUCGUCGAUGCUGUCGGGCCCGCCGCGAGCGCAGCCCAUCUCGGCCUACUCGCCCACACAGAGCGCGUCGACCCCGACCUCGUCGAGCGCGGCCACGCCGCAGCCGCCCGUCCUUCCGCCCGACAACCGCUCGGCGGCAGCUACGGCGGGCGACCACAAGCCGUCGACGGCAUCGCGCACGCAGCCGGGCGCGACGCUGCCCGUGUACGCGUCGUCGCUCAUCGCGCCCACGACCGCCGGCUCGGCCAAGCCCAAAGCGGCGGUCGAGCAACCGCACCAGCCUGGUACGGCACCGGCGAGCGCGACGACGCCCACAGUGACGGCGGCGAGCACGGCGGCGCGAUCGAGCUACCCGCCGUUGCCGUCCGCCUUUGCUCGCGAGAGCCCGUACUCGCCCGCGCCGGCGUCGUCCGCCCCGACUUCCGGCGCCGGCACGCCUCAGCACCAGCACCAGCACGCGCACCAACAGCAUCAGCAGCACCACCAGCACCCGCAGCACUCGCAGCAGCAGCAGCAGCAGGCGAGCGCCGCCGCCCUCAAGAACUCGCUCUUCCCCAACCUCGGCUCGUACCGCCCCGCCGGAUCGCCGACGCAGCCGCCUGCCCGGGCGCAGCAGCAGCAGCCGACGUCGUCGAGCACAAGCACGACCGCGUCGACGCCGUACCAGUGGCAGGCGCAGGCGGCCCAACAGGCGCAGCAGGUCCAGCAGCAGCAGCAGGCGCAGCGCUUUGGGCAGCAGGGCGGCGCCGGGCAGUCGGCUCAGCAGGGCAAGGGUGCGCAGUCGACUGUGCCGGCGCUCGGCGCGGCGGCGAGGCCUGGCCAGCCGCUCGGCCAGUCGGCGGCCACGGCGGCGGCGGCGGCGGCGAAAGCUCCAGCGUCGCAGCAGUACCAGAACCGGUUCCCGCCGUCGCUCGGCGCCGUCGACCCGCACCGCAUGCCGGCCCAGGCCCAGGCGCAGCAGGCGGCGAGUCCUGUCGUGCCGUCGCCGGCCUCGGCGACCGCGUCGCCCGCCGUCGCCUCGAGCCAGUCGGGCUUCAAGCGCCGCCGCUCCGACGCCGCCGAGCAGUCGCACCAGCAGCCGCAGCACCCGUCGUUCCAGCGCGCCAAGCCUGCACCGCCAGCUUCCGUCGUCGAGCGCGCGCCCGUCUCGCCGCCCGAGCCGCCUGCGCCCGUCAACAUCACGCCUCUGUUCACGUACGACGAGUGGCGCAAGGCCAUGGUGCGACCGCCCGUUGUCGAGGUCCUCAACGACGCCGUUGACGCGUGGGCCAAGAAGCACGGCGCCGGCAAGGCCGACGGCAAGCGCAAAUUCCUCGGGCGCGUCACGUACGACGCCCUGACGCCGCCGGCCGAGCUCCUCGACGGCGCGACGCUCGCGCACAACGUCGGCGGCUACGUCGAGGUCGUCGUGCCCACCUCGUGGGUCAUGGGCCCGCACACGUCGCCGUCGUCCUCGUCUGCGUCGACCAAGCGCGACGACGACGACCUUCGCUCCUCGUGCUCGGUCCCUCCCGUCGACCCGCACCCCGUCGCGCUCUCGUUCGGCCCUCCCUCGGCCUACACAGGCGCGCCUCUCCCCCUCACCUCGCCCACGACGCCGCUCGUCCUCCCCUCGCACCUCGCCGACCUCCCGACCGUCCGGCAGCGCCAGGUGUGGGGCACCGACGUCUACACCGACGACUCGGACGUGCUCCUCGUCCUGCUGCACUCGGGCUGGCUCCGCGUCACGAGGCGGGACCGCCGGCUGCGCGCGGGCGAGAAGGGCGCCGGGGCGGACGCGGUCCGGCGGGCCAGAACUAUCGGCGAGGAGCGCAUCGCGGUGCCGGGGCGGGACGGGCCGAGCGAGGAGGAGAAGGUGCCGACGGCGUUGCUCGUGCGGCUCGGCGUCGUGCCGGCUUUGGUGCGGUACGAGGGGAUCGAGCGGCAGGGGAUUCGGAGCCGGAGCUGGGGCAACGGGCACGACGGCGUCAGCCUGCGCGUUGAGGACGUGCGCUCUCUCGAUGACGUCCCGCCUCCGCGAGCGACUCGCCUGCGCAAGCCUCGCGCCGCCGCAUGCGCCCACCAGAUCGCCGACGCGCACCGCUCGGCCUACCCUCACCUGCACGACGACCACGACGACGACUUUGCGCCGCACUCGUGCCCGCCGCCGCCGCCCAAGCGGUACCGCUUCUCGACCGGCGGCGAGGUGGACGGCAGCGACGGCGAGGGAGCCGACGAGGAGCUCGUCGUCACCGACACGUUUGUGCUCGAGCUCGGCGAGGGGCGAGGGCGGUUUGUCGGGCUCGAGGACGAGGACGAGCGCGGCGAGGACGAGGAGAUGGGCGACGGAGCGGCGCAGGCGAUGGAGGUCGAGGCGGCGUGAGGCGGCGCGGGUGUGUAGAUGCGUCUUGUUGUGCAGCGUAGCCGGUGCUCCCCC